AUGACAAAGCAAAUUAUUAUCUAUGGAGGUCGUGGAGCAUUGGGUGAUUGUUUAGUUCGUUAUUUUAGAAGUAAAGAUUUCAAAGUAACUUCGAUUGAUUUGAAACAAAACGAACAAGCUGAUGUUAAUGUCACUCUGGCUGAUGUUCAAGAUUUGGAAAAGCAAGCUGAGUUCAUUAAAGAAAAACUUCAAUCAUCAUUGAAUGGCGAGCCUGUUGAAGCUAUUUUGAAUGUUGCCGGUGGCUGGGCUGGAGGCAAUGCUGGUGAUAAGGAUUUCAUCAAGAACUCGGAUCUAAUGUUCAAACAAAGUGUUCAUUCAUCAUUAAUAGCGGCAUCAUUAGCUAGUACAUUUCUCAAGGAAAGCGGGUUAUUAGUUCUGACUGGUGCUGCCGCCGCUCUUGAUGCCACACCAGGUAUGAUUGGAUAUGGUGCGGCUAAAGCAGCGACAAUUCACAUUGGUAGAAGUCUUGCGGCAUCUGACAGUGGCAUGCCAAAAAGCUCAUCCGUACUUACCAUUGCACCAAUUACAUUAGACACGCCGAUGAAUCGAAAAUGGAUGCCAAAAGCUGAUACUAGCACAUGGACACCGUUAGAGUAUAUUGCUGAAUUAUUCCAUAAAUGGAUCAAUGAUCCAUCAUCACGUCCAACGAACGGUUCUGUUGUUAAACUAACAACUAAAGGUGGCAAUACAGAAUUAAGCUAUCAUUGA